AUGUCUAAGAUUGCCUCCACCUUUUCGCGCCUUGUGCGCUUUGUUCCCAGAUCCAACCCUUCUAAGAUCCUGAUCGGUGAGCCGGUAGAUCCGCAGGUGGAUGUUGGUUUGGCUGUCUACCAGGGCAAGGAUGUCUCUGUACGGCCAUUCACUGGCACAUCUGUUCUCAACCCAGGCCAGAGGACCAACGCGACGGAGACAAUUGAGCGGAUCCUUUCUCCUCUAUCGCAGACCGAGAUUGGAUCCAUUCGAUGCAUUGGGCUGAACUAUGUCUCGCACGCUGCAGAGAUGAAGCUGACUAUUCCCAAUGUACCGACACUCUUUCUGAAGCCGUCCACCGCGCUUGCGGACCCAUGGCCGGCACCGACUAUUCUCCCCAAGAUCACACAGGUCGACAACACGGGCGAUUACGAAUCUGAAAUGGUCAUUGUCAUUGGCCGUGAUGCGAAGGAUGUCAGCGAGGCAGAGGCCCUGGACUACGUUCUUGGUUACACCGCCGCCAAUGAUGUUUCCAGCCGGACAUCACAGAUGAACCAAAGCCAGUGGUCUUUCUCCAAGGGCUUCGAUACCUCAUGCCCCAUUGUCUCCUCGGCUCUUAUCCCAGACGCCAGCAAGCUUCACAUUCGCGGCGUGAAGAACGGCCGGGUCAUGCAGGACUGCCCUCUGACUGAUUUGAUCUUCAGCGUCCCUCAACUCGUCAGCUUCCUGUCCCAGGGAACAACUUUGCCGGCCGGUACCAUUAUCCUGACCGGUACUCCUCCCGGUGUCGGAGCGGCCAAGAACCCCAAGGAGUUCUUGACGGCGGGUGAUGAGUUCGCUGUCGAACUACUCCCUCAUGUCGGAACACUGAUCACGAAGAUCGAACACCAGCAAUGA